CGCGACCAAGUGGAACUUGUUGGAAAUCAACCUCCAAAGGAAAAAGCUGGUUUGUCUUUUCAAAAGUAAAAUGGAGCGCAAUAUAAUACGGGAGUAACAUUGAUGAAUCGAACCUCAGUUGCGCCCGGCUCCGAAUCCGUAAAUGGAAGCUUAUUAUCACUUUUACUUCAAGCUUUUGUUUCUUCUCCUCACCAUCAUCUUUCAAUCAGCUCUUUCUGAAAUCAUUUUUGAAGAACGCUUUGAUGAUCCUGGAUGGAGGGACAGAUGGGUUUUGUCGGAUUGGAAGAGGAGGGAAGGCAAAGCGGGAACUUUCAAGCACACUGCCGGCAAGUGGCCCGGCGAUCCGGACGACAAAGGUAUCCAAACACACAUUGAUGCCAAGCAUUUCGCCAUAUCUGCUAAGAUUCCGGAGUUUAGCAACAAAAAUAGAACCCUAGUAGUUCAGUAUUCAAUAAGGUUUGAACAAGACAUUGAAUGUGGCGGUGGGUACAUUAAGCUGCUAUCCGCUUACGUGAACCAAAAGAAGUUUGGGGGCGAUACACCGUACAGUCUAAUGUUUGGACCCGAUCUGUGUGGCUCACAAACGAAGAAGCUCCAUGCUAUAGUAUCCUACCAGGGGCAGAACUAUCCCAUUAAAAAAAAUUUAGUUUGUGAGACCGACAAGUUAACUCAUUUUUACACAUUCAUUAUAAGGCCAGAUGCGACAUAUAGUAUUCUCAUUGAUAACCGUGAGAGAGAAUCUGGAAGCCUGUACACGGACUGGGAUAUCCUACCUCCUCGUAAGAUCAAAGACGUCCAUGCAAAAAAGCCUGCAGAUUGGGAUGACAGAGAGUAUAUUGAUAGUCUGGAUGAUGAAAAACCUGAGGGAUAUGAUAAAAUCCCGCCAGAAAUAUCUGAUCCAAAAGCGAAAAAGCCUGCUGAUUGGGAUGAUGAAGAGGAUGGAACAUGGAGACCACCCAAGGUGCCAAAUCCAGAAUACAAGGGGCCUUCAAAACGCAAGGUGAUCUACUGAUCUCUCCUUACAAUGUUGGAUAAUC